AUGCCGCCCCGUAGAAGCAACCUACCCACAGUACCGGUCGAGGAGACAGAACCAGCAGCUACAGCAGCUCCACCCCGAGAAGACGAUACCUUGAGCGUCGAAGACCUCAAUCUUCCCAAAUCUAUAGUCCAACGCCUCGCAAAAGGCGUACUACCACCCAACACCCAAAUCCAGAAAGAUGCACUCCUCGCCAUGUCGAAAGGCGCAACAGUAUUCGUCAACUACCUCACAUCUGCCGCCGCAGAAGAAGCCCUCCGCAGCGGGCGCAAAUCCGUAAUGCCCUCAGACGUCUUCGCUGCGAUGCGCGAACUAGAAUUCGAAUUCAUGCUGCCGCGCCUCGAAGCCGAAGUGAACAAAUUUACAAGCAUACAAGCCGACAAGCGCAACACUUACCGCAAGAAGAUCCGCGAGGAGAAGAGGGCGAAGAAUGACCCGGACGGUGUCUCGGAGAUCACAAAUGGAGGGACAAGCUUCAUGAGUGCCGGGCCUGCGGGGCUUGAGGACGAGGAGCCCAGGGCGAAGAAGGCGAGGUUGGAUGGGGAGGUGGGCGAGGGGAGUGAUGAGGAGGGUGUGGAUGAGACGCAGGAUGUUGAGGAUGAGGAGGUGGAGGAUGAUGAGAUUGUUGAGGAUGAGGCGCCGGAGGAGGGUUUGACUGAGGAUCCGCUUGAGGAGCGAGAGGAGAAGGAGGAAGAAGAUGAGGUGGCAGAUGGAGAUGAGAGUGAUUAGGUUUACCGACAGAUAAUUGGUGCGCUGUGAGCAUGCAUAUACCGGCGUUUUUGGCUGAAGAGCUAUGGAACAGUUUGAAUCAGAUGAAGCACCUCGAGGGCGCUUUGCACAAACUCAAGG